AUGAGCGAGGUGUGUGUCCGGGUGGCGCUCCGCAUCCGGCCCCUGCUUCCCAAAGAAGUCCUCCGCAACCACCAGGUGUGUGUGCGGGUGGUGCCGGGCUCCGAACAGGUGAUGCUCGGCUCCGACCGACUCUUCUCCUUCGACCACGCCUUUGGUCCGACAGCCAGCCAGGAGGAGGUGUACGAGUCCUGCGUCCAGCCCCUGGUGGAGUCCCUGGUCCACGGCUACAACGCCACCGUCUUCUGUUACGGACAGACCGGGUCGGGGAAGACAUACACACUCGGAGGGGGGAACCUGGAUGAAGAGGGAGGAAUUAUUGACUGCGUGGCCGAGGAAUUGUUCUUGUUGCUGGCUGAGCAGAGGAAGAGCGGUGAUGAUGUGGAAGCCAAAGUGCGGGUGUCAUAUAUGGAGCUGUACAAGGAGGAACUACGAGACCUGCUGGAGCUGCACACCAUUCAUAAAGAGCUUCAUAUCAGAGAGGAUGAGAGGGGAAACACCGUGGUGGUGGGAGCCAAAGAGAUGGUUGUCACCUCAGCAGAGGAGCUACUAAGUGUUCUUGAGACAGGCAAUGCCCUGCGCCACACUGGCACCACAGGGAUGAACGAGCACUCCAGUCGCUCUCACGCCAUCCUCACCCUUCAUCUUAUCCAGUGUGAUCACAGCAACAACUCCUCGUCACAAUCUGUCCGCUCUUCCAAACUCUGUUUGGUUGACCUAGCGGGCUCGGAGCGCGCUGGAAAAACAGGAAACACUGGAACACGUCUCAAGGAGUCUGUUCAUAUCAACACGGGCCUGCUCGCACUGGGCAACGUCAUCCGCGCCCUCUCUGACCCUGGUCGAAAUCGCCGUGGAAACAACUGCAAUGGUGCACACAUACCGUAUCGUGAUGCCAAGAUCACACGUCUCCUCCGUGAUUCAUUGGGAGGCACCGCUCAUACGCUGAUGGUGGCAUGUGUGAGCCCUUCUCACCACAGUGUAGCUGAGACUCUGAGUGUCCUGCAGUUUGCAUCCAAAGCCCGUCACAUUCGUAACCGUCCUGGAGCUAUAUCUACUCACACAGAGGUUAAAACAUGUCCUACAACCUGGGACCCUUGUGAUGCUCGACUGGGCGAGCUUAAGCACGAAGUACAGACACUGAGAGAGAUACUGAAAGACAAGGAGAGAGAGAUGGAAAGGGAGAGGACGGGUGGGAGAGCUGGAGAGGGGGAGGCCAUCAAACAGCCCAGUCAGAUGAGGAUGUCCGGUCCAGAUAAGAAGGUGAACCAAGAGGAACAGUCACAAUACCGUAUCCUGGCACAGGAAGCUGCUGCCCUGCUUGCAGAUGUCCCCAACCCCAAUUCAAGUCCUAAUUUCAGACAGCGGCUGCAGGAUUGGCAGGAGAGAUUAACGGCUGUCAAUCACUCACAUCAAACUGAUGAGAAGGACUGUUCAGAGGGGGGUGGAGAUCAACCCCACCACAUCACAAUAUUAAAGCUCAAAGAAGAACUCAGCAAAUGCAAGGAAGAUCUCACCAUAGAGGAACAGCUAUUGGAGCAGAAAGAUGCAGAGCUGAGACACAUUCAAAAAGCAGUAGAGAAACUUCUUCAAGAGAGGAAAACCCACCUUCAGGCCUUGGAGGAAGAACAGGAACGUACUCGUAUACAGACUGAACAACUCGUGGACCAGCAGAUCCUGAUCAACCGUCUCCGCAGCGACCUUGUGACCUUUAGGGGUGCAUCCUCAGGGGCAACCGUGGAAACAGAGGCUUCUGGGAACUCAGGCAAGAGACCCCACAGUGUCCCCCUGAUAAGACACAGCUUCGGGCACGGACCUCCCAGGAGGAUUCACUCCAGUCCCCCAGCCUAUUCAUUGGAGAGGGUGAUGGCAGCUUUUAAGACGCGCAGUCAUCUCCUGCUGGCUGAGAUUGAGGAGAAGGAUGAGGUGUACUGUCCGUUCAUAAAACAUCAGGCAGAGAGCAAAGAUGGGGAUCAAGAGAAGGAGGAGGAGGAGGAGGAGGAUGACUUUGUGGAAAGAGAGGGAUUUAGGCGUUCUUUAAACCGAACAUGGACCAGUCGGCAGAAGAAAUCCGUUGUGCAAGAUAAUAACUCUGGACUAGACCAAACAUCUAAUGGAAAUCCAUUAGCACAACAGCCUCAGCGAGCUACAGGGACCAAGGAAAACCACUCCACGCAGAGCCCGAUGAGGAAGGGCAGACUUAGAGCCAGCGUUACUCAGAGAAGGAUCCAAGAUCUGUCGGUCAACAUGCGCAUGAAAGAGGAGCUCAUCAAAGAGCUUGACAAAACUGACAUGGAGACCCAGGCAGCGGACAAACAUGGAAGGCACUGUGGUGAUGGUAGAGAAGCCAGCGUGUUGGCAAGCCUUUCCAUGAAGAGCCAGCAGGUCCGAGCGGAGAUGUACUACAGUCUGCAGCACAUGAGACUGCAGCGAGCACAGCUUCAGAGUAGCCUCGGGCAGCAGAGAGAGAACAACAGAAGCAAAGAACUGGACCAAUACAGGGAGCAAAGGGCAGGAGUUUUGACCAAAUGCAAAAGCAAUCACCAGGACGAGUUAAAGGAAAAGCUGCAUGACUGUGUCUGGCUGGAGGAGGAGGAAGAGCGGGUGGUUCAGAAGAGAGCAGAGCUGCAGGAGCUGGAGGAGGAGCUGAGGAGGAGAGAGGAGGUGCUCCUGCGCAGAGAGGCCUGUCGGCAACAGAAAAGCAAACUGGAGAUCAAGAUUCUCCGCUCUAGUCAGGCUCUGAGUCAGGACCUGCUGCGUGUGUCAACACGGUUGGAGUCCCUGGAGGAGCAGCUGCAGAGCAGCAGCGGUGUGAGGCCGACUGGAGGAGUCACCAUGGAGGAACUGGAGAGAGAGAGAGACACGCUUAAAAAGAGGAGGGUCACUCUAGACCUCCAGCUGAAGGACAACAGAGUGCUCACUGAGGAGGAGGAGCAUUCUCUGCUUCAGCUGGAGGAAGCUAUUGAAGCUCUGGAUGCAGCUCUGGAGUUUAAAAACCGCUCCAUCCAGGACAAGAAAAAGAAGUUGUUAAUCACAGACUCAUCUUUGAAACAGCCACAAACCACUGAACCCGCCCAACUCUGUGAUGUCAUAAGGAAGCUGAAGGGGCUCUCACCACCUGAGGCCUCUGAGCUACUCGUCAAAUAUUUCAACAAGGUUGUUUGUCUUCGUGAGGAGGAGCGCCGUUUGCGUUUGCGUUGUGAAGAGCUGGAGCUUCACGCUGGAGAGCAAGAUGUGCUGCUGAGGGAGAAAGAGGUCGCCCUGCAGCGCCUGGCCCUAGAUGCAGACCGCAGGCUCACCCAGCAGCAUCAUGAUCACCAGAACAACAUCCAGCUACUGCUGCAGGAACUGAAAGAAGACGGUUCAGGACAGGCAGAACAUGAUUUCAAAGACAGACUGCAGCAUCUGGAGAAAGAGCUGUUUUUCUAUAAAAGCUCCAGUCGGCAGCUUAAAAAGAAACUCAAAGAGCUUGUCAGUGACUCCCUUCACCCCGUCGAUCAGCCCUCACCCACACAGGAGCACAGACAGAAGCACAAUGUGCAGUCACACGCAAGUGCAAAGGAACCCCAGACGCACAGUGAGGAGGUACAGAUGAGAACACGUAUUUCUACGACACACGCAAAGAUGCACGCUGAGCACGAUUCUCAUAUGAAGAAACAUGCACACCAAACAUAUUGUCCCUCCUCAUCUUCUGACCUCCCAGCACGCAAAACGACAACGAUGCCCGAAUACAACCAGGCGCACACACAGUCCCAGGGGAGGAGUGAAAGGAGGGCGGGUCCCUCCGGGGACAGUUUGGAGAUGACACCAGUCCGUUUGUUUCGCAGAGAGCUGAGACAGAUCUCUCCAGCUGACCUGCAGGUCUGUAGGUCUGCCACAAGGAGGCAACAGUCUGUUGUGGAUACCAGCACAGAGUCAAUACUAGAGGACUCCAUAGAAGUGCCCAGAAACACUAACAGAUGAUGUUAUCAUGUUAUAUAUGUAAGGUUGAACAGGUUGUGUUCUCAGUCUUUCUUCAUAAAUUGUCCGACAAAAUGACAACUGCAUAGUUCAAGUCUGGAAGAGAAGAAAGUGACUGAAAUGUUGUUAAUAGUGAAAUGUCUUUACUGUGAACCAUUUCAGUCUCUUGUCAUGGCACUGUCUAUUUAUCCGUCUUCCUUGGUGAUCACAGAUUUGCCAGAUCCUGGCUAUGCUGAAUGCUGUUCAGAGUUCAGCCAUUCAAUAAGAGAAGAAAGGCCAGCGUUGUCAUGACAACAGAAUGGCCCUGAUUAAUGACUUGGAAAUGUUUGCACUUGAAAAUAGGGGAAAUUUGUCAUUUUGAGAAUUAGAUUAGAUUUGAGAUUACAGACUUUUGUCUUAAUUCUUGCGACACCCAAAAUACAUCAGAGCACAUUACAUUUUAUAUUGUAUUUUAAGUUUCUAGCCAUUGUCCGAGAUAAAGACAUAAAACAAGUUUUAAAACUGUAUGAACAUUGUGUGAGAAUGAGAUAUUUAAUUCAAAAAGCAGGACUUUUUAAAAUAUUAUUUCUGUUAAAAAUAGUAGCUCCCCUUAUGGUUACCAACAACUGCAUCCACUAAAUUGAUUCUCCCCUUUUUGCAAAUACUAGUUUAAAAGAUAAAACAUGUCCAUCAACCUUUUUGUUAAAUGUAAUCAAAUAGUGCCUUGUGAAGAGAACUUAUUUGUCUUUCCACCACUGUUUAGCACUUAAAAUGACCACUAAACUAGAUGCAAUGCUUUCUGCACUACAACAGUAAUAUAAAGCUUUGUAGUGUGUUUUUAUGAAUUAGAUUUUUCUGUAUACAAACUUUG